AUGGCGCCCGCGGCCGCACCAGAACCGUCCUAUAGAAAGGAUGAGAAGGUCUUUUGCUUCCAUCAUGAGCUGCUUUAUGAGGCCAAGGUGUUGGAAGUGAAGCCGCUGGAAGGCGAAGACAAGAAGAGCGGCUUCCAAUACAGAGUCCACUACAAGGGCUGGAAAAACACCUGGGACGACUGGGUCCCUGAGGAUAGGCUCCGCAAGCUCAGCCCCGAGAACCGGGAGCUGGCCAACAAUUUGAGGCACGAAGUGAUCGCUGCUCAACGUGCCGCACGAGCGCAACCUCCGCCUCCCAAGAAGAAGGCCCAAGGUUCAGCUCGAGGCAGCGAAGAGCGCCAGACCUCCGUAUCUGCCGCAGCACCUCGCGGCCAGAAGAGAAUGCGUGACAACGACCUCGAAAAAGAGGAUACCUUCCAGAACAAGCGCGCCGUGAGGAUCAUCAUGCCGGACAGGCUGAAGAGUCUCUUGGUCGACGACUGGGAGAACGUUACCAAGAACCUGCAGCUCGUCCAGCUCCCUUCGAGCCAGCCAGCUGGCGUCAUCUUGGAUAAGUAUCAGGAAUACGCCCUCUCAACAGGCCACAAGAACAGCACGGAGCGCGACAUCCUCGAGGAAGUCGUUGCCGGCUUGAAAGAGUACUUCAACAAGAGCCUUGGUCGUCUACUACUAUACCGCUUCGAGCGCGAACAGUUCUACGACAUCUACACACGCCUUGAGAAGCCGACCGACGACCUUGCUGGCAAGAAUCUAGCCGACAUCUACGGUGGUGAGCACUUGCUACGUCUGUUUGUGACAAUGCCCGAACUCAUUGCUCAAACAAACAUGGACCACCAGGCCGUAUCCCGCUUGCGUGAGGAGCUCGGUCAGAUGACUGCAUGGCUUGCCAAAGAUGCCCAGGUCAACGCCUUCUUCGCGUCCGUCUACGAGAGUCCUGGACAGGCCUACAUCGACAAGGUCAAGUCUAGUACAUGA